UGGAGUGGCGGCCACUUCGAAAGCGGCCCUGGGCUGCGGUCCCCGGCCUCCCGGCGGCCCUCUCUCGGCCCCCUCCCGGGUCGCAGAGUCCUGUCUUUGCGCCCUCGCACCAGAGACCCCGCUGCCCGGACUCCGCCUCUCCCGCCCGGGACAAGUCCGAGGCCCCGGCGACCCCUCGAGUCGGGGCCUGCCCGGCUAACCCUCGGUCGGGAGGCCGCCCGCCGUCGCCAUGGCAUGCAGUUUGCAGAAGCUGUUUACUGUGGAAGAAGAGUUUGAAGAUGAGGACUUCUUGUCUGCUGUGGAGGAUGCAGAGAACCAGUUUGCUGGCUCGCAGCCUGUGAAGGCUGGGUGCCUGAGACCCGUCUCUUCCAGGCCACAGGACUCUGUGCAGGCACAGUCUUCUGGGCAGUUGCCAUCAGGCCCCACUGCUCCUUCAGAGGUUUUGCGCCUGUCAGCUCUGGGACUCCGCCUUCCUACCUCCAGCAUGCCUGGGGCCAUCAGGGGUCCACCUUCCGUAGGAACAGCCCCCCUAAGGCCUGUCUCGACUUCUAGCAGCUGGACUGGCCAUCAGAGACAAGUGAUACUGACCGAAGUGCUCAAGGAGCCAGCCAGACCCCAGACCUCCGCUUCCUGCCCCCUGCUCAGGUUUGAGAGCCAGCAACCAGUGACUGGGGGCUUCGAGGGGCCUGAACAAGAUGAAUUUGAUGAGGUCCUGGCAAGCAUGGAGCUGGAGGGGCCUGGCAUGGAGCUGGACAUUGGAGUCAGCAGUGAGGCCCCAGGAAUCCUGCCCACCUGGCAUCAGGAGGACUCAACAGUGGCUAAAAAGGCCCGGGUAGCUGAUCUGAGCAGGUCUUGCCAAAAGGGGCCCAUACCUGCUCCCCACAUACCUAGUGUCCUGUCAGCCCACGAUGAGCCUCCAGAGCCUGUUGUCCACUGUAGGACUCUACAACCCCCCUUGAGAUCUGGUGCCACCAGCAACCUUCCCAUCCCAACUGCUUCAGUGCUUCCUGCUCAGCAGCCCCCCUGGGAAGCCUGUCGGAAGGGCCCCCCAGUUCAGGCACCACAGCCUCCCCAAGCGGCUGGCAGGCCUGUUUGGAGCAGGCCUCAAAACCAUUUCCCUGGUCACUCAUUCCAGUGUCCAAAUGCCUCCAUACCUGGCAAAUCUCAUUUUCCCGGACCACGAACUCCCAACUCGAUCUGUUCUACUCCCUCAAGGACUAUCUCUGGAUCAUUUCCCCAGAGCCCCUUACAACCCCGAGCUCCAGUGUCUUCUGUCAAGUGUCCUCUCAGCACCCCAAAGAGCCCCCAUUCCUCCCCGGCUCCCCAGGCAGUUCUGCAGACGCCCAUCGUCACCAACCACCUGGUGCAGCUGGUCACUGCCGCCCACCGGACACCCCAGCAGCCCGCCCACGCCAAAACUCGCCGCUUCCCCGGCCCGGCCGGGGUCCUGCCUCAUCAGCACAGUGAGAAGAAUCUGGAGGAGAUCGUGGUUUCCACACCCCAGACUCCGACUCACAGUGCUCGGGCUAAAUUCCGGACAGAGAUUGUUACUAGUUCCCAGCCAUCGGCGGAGGAGGAUUUUGGGCGAGGGCCCUGGCUGGCCAUGAAAUCUGCUCUGGGCCUGGACGAGAGAGAUUCUACCUGCUUCCUCUGUACCUACAGCAUCAUCAUGGUGCUGCGGAAGGCAGCCCUGAAGCAGCUUCCCAGGAACAAGGUCCCCAACAUGGCAGUGAUGAUCAAGUCCCUGAGUCGGAGCACAAUGGACGCCAGCGUGGUUUUCAAGGACCCCACGGGAGAGAUGCAGGGCACGGUGCACAGGUUGCUGCUUGAGACCCGUCAGAGUGAGCUGAAGCCUGGCUCGGUGCUGCUGCUAAAGCAGGUUGGAGUGUUUUCUCCUUCGCUCCGAAAUCACUACCUCAACGUGACGCCCAACAACCUGGUCCAUAUUUACAGCCCAGAUUCCGGGGAUGGGAACUUCCUCAAGCCAUCUCAGCCCUUCCCCAAGAACCCAGGAAGCUUCCCUGGCAGCCUCCAUCAUGAGACUGCAAAGUCUGGAAAAGGCCUCAGAACAGCACGGAAUGCAGAGGCAGUGGCAUCCCCUGAGGAAGAACUCCCAGAAGCAGGUAAGGCAGGCAGCCCACCCAGGAGCAAAAGCGGUUCUCCUUCUAUUUCCUCUUGGAUAGCACAGCCAGGAGAAUCUGGCUGCAUCUUUUCCCUCCUUCUGUGAAUCUUUGGGCCUUAUAGAAUCUUACAGAAAUCAGAUGUGGUAUCUUUUCUGGCAAGGCUGUAGGCCACAGACUAAUUAGCAGUGUGACCAGGGGCCACAUAAAGCAAAUACAGUGGGAUCCACAGGUCUCCCCCGUUUCUAGACCAUGUGGUUAGCCACAAGGAGGAGAUGGACUGGCACCAUCCUUGUACCUCACCUUGGGUCUUCCGGGGGCUGAUUUCCCUAUCCUGACUAAGCUCAGAUACCCUUCAGGCAGUGCUGAGGAGUCAAACCUCCAUGUGGUUAGAGUGGGACCAAGAUACAGACCUGAGAAGCCCAAAAAAAUACCUGUCAGGGUAUGGCCAGCUUGUUCUUCAGGAGGCAGCAUCACCCAGGUGAAGCUAGCACAGUCCAAGUCUGAUCCUUAGCUUUUGGAUUCCAUAAAUUCAACCCUGUCUGGCCCCCAAGUUCAUGGGAUUAUGGGUAAGUGUCUCACAUUAACCAAAUUCACAUUAGACCAAUGGAUAAACCACAAAGCCCAUUUACUUACAGCCUAUGAAAAAGUAUCUACCCCUUAUGCUGGAAUCUUCUCUGGAAUGUUGCACUCGUUCCUUAUAAGUAAGCUGGCUGACAAGCCAAACCAUCAUCAGAAGGUUGCUGGUGGUCAUGAAAUAAGUGAGGAGAGUUGCCUGUAGAAUAUUGUGGCUGGUGUCACAUCUCCAUUGUAGGGACAGACUUGCCAAGCAGGUAACCACUGGACAGGGUGGUUAACUGGACCACCCUGUGACUGGACAGGGCUGGGAAACACCAAUACUAGCUCUUACUCUGAUUCCCAGUUUCCUAGGCCCACAAUGUCUGCUCAUUCGCCUUCAUUUAACAUCGAGUUUCCCCA